UUUUUCUUUUCUUUUUCUUCUGAAUCCUGCUCCUCUCUAAGCUCUUCGCGGCGCUCUCUCAAACUCGCGCUUUCGCAUCCCUUCUGUGUUGAUUUCGUUUCUAAGAAACGCCGUAGAUCAUGGCGACUCCGGCUGAUUCUCGGGCUGUCAAGUCGCUCAACAACUCCUCCAAGGGAAAGAAGAGAUAUGUGUUCAAGAAAUUCUCUGAGAGAAUCAACGACAUUGACAUCAAGAAAAAAGUCUUUAGGAGUCUCGAUAAGGUGAAAGCUGAGCCUUGUCAAGGUUCCACUUUUUUCAAGGACUGCCUCGUAGAAUUGAGGGAGCUGAAUACAGCAUCAGAUUUUAUUUUGUUUUAUGAAGAGAUGUUGCCGUUUGUUCAGAAUCUGGAGUUGAUUCUCUUGCAAAAGGAAUUUAUCUUCUCUAAACUUGUCUCUGGAUUACAUAUGAAAGCAAGAUUGUCUCUCGAUGCCUUUCUCAGGUUGAUUGCUGCUUUGUCGAGAGAUAUCCUGGAGGACUUUAUUCCCUUCCUUCCACGAAUUGUUAAUUCUUUGGUGAUGCUUCUGGAAAAUGGUGGUCAGAAAGAUCCAGAUGAUAUUGAGCAGAUUUUCUUGUCAUGGUCUUUCAUAAUGAGGGACCUUCAGAAAUUUCUUAUACGUGACAUUGAAGGUAUUCUCAGGGAUACAUUGGCGCUGAGGUAUUACCCUCAGGACUAUAUCAGUGAUAAAAUGUCAGAUACAAUGUCAUCUUUGUUGACGAGUGCACAGGAUAAUCAACUAAAGAAAGGGAUCAAGAGGAUCCUUUCUGAAGUUGCUGAUCCACUGAAAAAAGCUGGAGGAGUGGCUUUACUAUAUUCUGUUAUGAGGGGUACCUCUGUGAGUCUCCAUUCCAAAGCUCGGAAGGUUUUGAGGUUCUUGCUGAAAGAUUCAACACUAUCCUUUUGUGAUAAUUUUCCUCAGGGUUCUGAUAGUACAGUAGAAGCUGUGAGUUCAACUUUGCAAAGAAUAUGCGAGGAUUUUAAAGCAGAAGAAUUAAGUGUUAUGUGGAACUGCUUGUAUAAAGAAACAGAAGAAUCAAUCGCAAACAAACAAUCAGCUCAUUUAAGCCGACUGUUGACUGUGCUUACUUCAGCUGUUAGGGCUGAGAAAGGUCUCAAGGUUUAUGAUUCCCCGUAUUUGGUUGGACUCGUGAGCCAGAUUGUGUCAACUUUUAUGGAUUCCUCUGCCACUGUUGUAGAAGGGGAUAACUUCUCUGCUGUUCUUGAUAAAGUUCUGGGACUGAUGUUAUGCACCAUUGACAGUCCUAGUGCUGUCAGUGAAAUGGAAUCCAUUGCUUCGCAAUGGGCCCCCAUUUUUUCCUUGAAGAGUUCAAGUUUGCUGAGUUUUUUGCGGGAGUUGCUAAAGAAGGAGCAGUUAAUAGUGAAAGCUUUUACAAGUAAUAUAUUAAGUUCGAUCAAUAAUAUGAUUUUGGGGUCUUCGGAGGACGUUCUUCCUCUGUUAAUAUCAUUGUGUGAGAAGCAGCAAGCAAGUCCCGACAGGGUGACCAUCAUAGGGGAAUCAUUUGAGAGCAAAUUUGAGAGAAUUCAUGAGUAUUUGGAAGAGAAUAUUAAGAAAAUUCAAACGAAGAUAGAGAAUACAGGAUUAGCUCAAAUUGAUGAGGCUGAGUUGGCUGCUGUUUGGGGAGCUGUCAAUUGUUUUCCCUAUUUUAAAGUGGAUUCAUCAUUACUGAUUUGCUUUAAGAAUACUCUCAGACAGCAUUUGGCAGCCUCAGAUGUAAACACUUCUAGUGCUCCAGUAUUGAUGUGGCAGAGCUUACUUGGUGCUGCUUUGGGGUCAUGUCUCAAAUUCUGUCAUAAUGGAAGACUCAUCCACAGUGAUUUAGAGGAAGCUUUGUCACUUGCAAAAUGUUACAAGUCAUGUGCACAAGUGCUGUCUCCUGUGGCCGACUAUUUGGAUUUUGUGUACAGGCCUCUAAUAGCUAACGAUGAUAGCUGUAAAGCAUGUCCAGAUCUCCAAGCAAAUAAAGCUCAAGAGACGUUUGACGUAUUUUCUGAAAAUUUACGUCACUCAAACAAAGAUGUCCGUCUUCAGACUAUACGGAUUUUGUGCCAUUUUGAAACUUUGUCUCCUAAUCCAUCUUUGGAAGAGAAUCCUCCAAAGAAGAAACAGAAAACUGAAGUGAUUCCAACGUCUUCUCCUAAAAGGAAUGUUCUUCAGUUGUUGCUCACAGUUGAAAAGUCCCCUCAUACAGUUUCAACUGAAACGAAGUUGAUCAGUUUGAUUACAAGAAUACAAGAGGAUCUGUCUACUUGCAGGAUACAUGAGGCAUAUGUACCGGUGGUAUUCAAUGGAAUGAUAGGAUUAUUUUAUAGUCGUUAUUCUAAAAUAUGUGUGGCAGCAUCUAAGUGCCUUGCGGUUCUUAUGAAGAAGCACACAGCAAUGGUGUGGAAUGAUUUUGUUUGUUAUCUGGGUCAGUGCCAACAAAAAUUUGUAGCAAUACAUAAUCAUCCUGAGUGUGGAAAGUACAGCAUCUCAGAGAAGUAUACUGAUCUGAUGGAGCAGUUUUUUAUAUUUCUAUAUCCACCAUCUGAUAGCACAUCUACUGCAGAAGUGAUAUCCAUGUUGCUCCAGACCUUACAAAAAGUUCCCACUGUUGCUCAGUUGCGGGUUUCUGAAAUUCUCCCUCUGUUAUUAGAAUUUUUUGGAUACAACAGCGAAAAUUCCGAGAGGGUCGGAUUAUUUAAGGGCGGAGUUUGUAAAGGAGAGGAGUGGAAGCAGUUACUUAUACAAUGGAUGAUUUUGCUGAAGUUGAUGAAGUAUACGGGGUCGUCUCGUACUAGUCUAUUUGUUAAUGACGUUCUGCAAGAUAGGUUCCUUGACGAUAAUGAUGCUAAUAUACAAACGAAUGUUCUAGAGUGCCUUCUGGAGUGGAAUGAUGACUUACGCCCACACUGCUUGCAUUUAUUGAAUUUGAUUAAACCAGAUAAAUUGAGUGAUGAGCUCACAACCUGGAACUUAUCCAAAGACAUUGAAGAAGCUAGCAGACCUCAUCUUGUUUCUCUUGUAAUUCGCGUUCUUAUGCCAAAAGUUAGGAAUUUAAAGAAUUCAGCUUCGCGUAAGCGUACAAGUAUUCCUCACCGGAAGGCGAUUCUUCGCUUUUUUAUAACUCAGAUGGAUGUUAAUGAACUUUCCCUGUUCUUUGCUUUGUUGAUAAAGCCUUUGAACAUUAUACCAGAGGAAGCCAUGGACUUGUUUAGUAGCUCAGGAAAAAGUUCUGUGGGUUGCUUCCAAAAGUUGAAUUUCUUGAAAUAUCUCACUGUUGAUACUAUUUCAACCUUAUCCAGGAAGCAGAAAUCUGGGUUUCUUUCUGUCAUCCUACAAAUCCUUGAAGUUUUUGAUGAACCCCAUGUCCGACCAUUUUUAGACUUCCUGAUGGGAUGCGUUGUCCGGUUAUUGGCUGGCACUUCUUUAAAGCAGUUUAAAAAGUUGAGAUCCUUAUGUCUGAAGAUUAUUGCAUAUGCUCUUAAGAAGUUCGGGGAUUGCAAUCUUGGCUCUGAGUUCUGGGACCUCUUCUUUUCAGCAGUGAAUCCGUUAAUUAAGAGUUUUAAGCAGGAAGGCUCUAGUAGUGAGAGACCAAGCUCAUUGUUCAAAUGCAUCUUUUCAAUGAGUAAAAGCUGCAAUCUCGUGACCUUCUUAUGUCGGGAGGAGUUUCUUAUUUCAGACAUUUUUUCAAUCCUAACAGUCACUACAGCUUCAAAAGAUAUAAAGUCUUAUGCCUUGAAGUUCAUCGAGAAUCUGCUCAGGCUUGACAAUGAGUUGGAUGAGGAUGAGCAUAUGAUCAAAGGGUUCUUAGAUCCAUAUAUAGAGGCACUGAUUAGCAGCUUGCACUCCCUCUUUUUUGGGGAUAUUUUGAAAAGGAAAUCAGUCAAGUAUCAUGGAAAUAGAGAGAUUAUGAUUCUCAAACUAUUGUCGAAGCACAUACGAGAUGGGUCUCAUGUUACGAAGUAUUUGGAUGUCUUGCUGUCUUUCUUGGAUAAAAGUGUGAAAGAUUCUGAUAUUCAUCGUGAGGCUUUGCUAGCUAUUCAGGACAUCUCAUUGAACCUUGGGACUGAGAGUACCAGCAGAAUUGUUAAGAUACUGUCUCCUCUGCUUAUUGAUGCUGAAAAUGAAGUUAGAUUAUGCAUUUGUAAUCUUCUUGAAUCUCUUGCAAAAGUUGACCCGUCUCUGGUUCAUGUGGCAAAAUGUGUCCGCGAUAUGAAUGCCAACUCACCCAUGGAAGUUGAUGGCCUUGACUAUGAAAAGAUAAUUGAUGCUUAUGGGAAGAUUGAUGCAGAUUUCUUUAAUAAAUCCUCGGAGCAGCACGUGAUGAUCAUACUCUCACAGAGCAUAUACAACAUAUCAUCAGAAGAGCUUAUGUUAAAGGAUAGCGCACGUAACCUCUUGUGUUCUUUCAUUGAAUUUUCAGCCUCAAUACUUUGCCUAGAGGCUUCUGCUCACUCUGACAUGAUCAAAGAGGUUACAAAAUCUGAUGGAAGCUGGACUGGAGAUCGUGUAUUGUGGAUUAUAAAUAAGUUUAUUUUGAAACACAUUGGAGAUACAUUAAAUAGAGGAAUUUCUAUUGGAAAGGGGGAGAUUCUUUUGAUACGCAAAAUGGUGGCAACACUUCCAGAUGCCGGAAAUCUUUCUGCAUUCAGACCUUUAUGCUCAGAAGACGAUGAAGUGGAUUUCUUUAAAAACAUUUUUAGCAUUCAGGCACACCGUAGAGCAAGGGCAGUUAAACGUUUCACAAAGGUGGUCAAAGAUAGCAGUCUGCCUGAGGGAGUACUGAGAAGACUUUUGGUCUCAGUUUUUUUCAACAUGUUGCUUGAUGGACAAGAUGAAAAAGGGAAAAAUGUCCAAGAUGCAUGCAAAGAAGCCCUUGCAUCUGUAUCUGGUCAUAUGAGUUGGAAGUCGUACUACGCCCUAUUGAAUCGGUGUUUCCAUGAGAUGAAAGAGCAUACCAAAAAGAGAAAAAUUCUGCUGCAGCUUAGUGGCUUGAUUUUAAAUAACUUCCAUUUCUUAAAAGAUGGUUACACACAUGAGGCUGCGGAGAUUAGGAGUUGCGUUGAGAAAAUCCUUUUGCCGAAGAUACAGAUGCUGAUUGAUUCUGACAGUGUUAAUGUUGACAGCUACGUGGCUGCAGUGAAGGUUCUAAACCUUCUGCCCAAAGAAAUAAGGGACCCGCAGCUAGGCUCUAUAGUUCCUAAAAUUUGCAGUUAUUUGAAGGAUGGGUUGGCGAGCACACGUGAUGUAGCAAGAAAGGCUCUGGCUGCUUGUGUGGAGGAACUCGGGCUAGAGUACCUGCAAUUUGUUAUAAAAGAUUUACGUGCUAUAUUAAAACGAGGAUCUGAGGUGCAUGUGCUAGGAUACACUGUCAAUUUUAUCUUAUCAAAGUGCUUGUCCAAUCCUAAUCCUACGUGUGGGAAGUUGGAUCAUUGUUUGGGAGAUCUCCUUGCAGUGGUGGAAACCGAUAUCCUUGAAGACGUUUAUGAACAGAAAGAGGAGUUAAAAACCGCGUUCAAGAAGAAGAAAGAAACAGUAAAACGCAAGUCACCUGAGACUCUGAAAAUGAUUGCUGAAAAUGUAACGUUCAGAAGUAGUCAUGUGUUGAAGUUACUUUCUCCGGUCACAGCUCAGCUGCAGAGGCCUUUGACUCCAAAGUUAAUAUCAAAACUAAAGGAGAUGUUAAAAUGUAUUGCAGCUGGUAUUGAAGGCAAUCCAUCUGUUGAUCAAAGAGAUCUUUUUUGUUUUAUAUAUGAACGUGUUGUUGAUGGUAUUAACAACAGGAAUGGUCUUGGAGAUGAAGCAUGGAAAAAGAAAUCAAGAGAUCUGCAAGUGAAAGCUGGUGCUAAGUCAUGUCCACAUCUUAUAACCGUGUUUGCUCUGGACUUAUUGCACAACAGACUGAAACAAAUAGACCUGAACAAUGCUAACGAAGGACUGGUGUCGAUGUUGGAUCCUUUUGUCAAACUACUUGCUGGGUGCUUGAGUUCUAAGUAUGAAGAUGUUGUAUCUUUAUCUGUUAGAUGUUUCACUCCACUGUCAAAGUUGCAGCUGCGCUCCUUCAAAUCUGAAGCAGAUAAAGUGAAGACAGCACUGCUAACUAUUAUCGCUCAGUCUGCAACGAGUUCCAGUAGUCCUCUUGUGCUGUCAUGCCUUAAGCUGUUUACAGUUCUUCUCGAAUCAGGAAAAUUCACUUUAUCAUCUUGGGAGUUGAAAAUGUUGCUUCAACUUUCCAUGUUUGUUGAUCUGGAAUCGGAUUCAUCUGAGGAUUCAUCUGUUACUUCUCUGUCACUUAUCAAGGCCAUUUUGGGAAGGAAGCUUGCAGUCCCAAACGUACAUGAUAUAGCAGGUCAGGUAUUAGGGUUGAUGAUAAAGACUCACUCGGACCAUACACGCAAGCAUUGUAAAAAAUUACAUUUGGAAAUUUUGGUCCAUUAUACACCUUCUGAGAAAUGCCUACAACGACAUGUUAACAUUUUGCUGAAACAUCUGAGCUAUGAAAAGUUAACUGGAAGACUAGCAGUUCUUGACAUGCUUGAAGAUCUUAUCAAUAAUUUCUCGAAACCUUAUCCUGGCAAGCAGUCGUUUCUUGACCAGCAGUCCCAAAACUUCUUUCUUCAGCUUGCUCGUCGUUUGGCAACUGAUGAUGAUAAAAAAGUACUGUCGAAGAUUUGUCAUGUGAUAAAACUUCUGAUAGGUCGCAUCAGUAAAGAUCAAGUUGAUUACAGCCUCGAGCACUGUCUGGUUUGGUAUAAGCAUGAGAAUUCACGUGCUAUAGCUGCACAGGUACUGGGAUUAUUCAUCGAAGCCAUGCAGGAAAUAUUUCGGAAGCAUAUCUGCAAUGUAUUGCAGGAGGCUAAAAUGAUUUUGGAGUCUACUGUACUGUUGCAAGAUACGGUUGAGGAAGGCAGUAUUCCUUUCUGGAAGGAAUCUUAUCAUUCACUUGUUAUGAUAGAGAAGAUGCUCCAGCAGUUUCCUGAUUUAACUUUUGGAAAAGAUUUUGAGGAUAUUUGGAAAAUGGUGUUUAAGUUGAUGUUGCACCGACACCAAUGGUUGCGUACUAUAUCCUGCCGGCUCUUGAAUUAUUAUUUCAAGGAAUCAGGAACAUCUCAGAAACUAGUAGCUAGUUCUCUUCUCGGGAAGCCAAGUAGCCUGUUCAGGGUGGCUGUUUCUCUUUGUGUCCAAUUAGAGGAUCAACGCAGCACAUGCAUUAAAGACAUUACAGAAAAUAUUGUUUUUGCUCUCUCUGGUCUUCAUUCUAUGAUUGGACAAUCUGAUGAUGAGUUCUGUUCCAGUCUUGACGAUGAUGAGCAAGUGUUGUUCCUCAAUGCCUUUGAAGAGCUUGAUUCAGGGAAAGGAAGGUCUAAUUUUCUGGCUCUUACCUCAGGAAAACGCAGUGAAAACGAUGCGAGAAAUGUAUUGAUUGGAAGUUUGCUCAAAAGAAUGGGGAAGCUCGCUCUUGACAUGGACUCUCUUCAGAUGGGAAUUGUGUUCAACGUCUACAAAGCAUUUGCCUCACAAUUGAAUCAAGAAGAUUGUCUCUUAUACGCCUUCAGAAUCCUGCUCCCGUUGUACAAAGUUUGCCAAGGAUUUACCGGAAAAGUCAUCCCAGAUGAGUUGAAACAGCUAGCGGAAGAGGUAAGAGACAGUAUAAGAGACAAGAGCUUAGGCAGCCAAAUGUUUGUGCAAGUUUACAGCGAAAUCAAAAAGAGUUUGGAAGCCAAAAGGGAGAAGAGGAAACGAGAGGAUAAGCUAAUGGCGGUGAUAAAUCCCGAGAGAAACGCAAAGAGGAAACUCAAGUUAGCUGCAAAGAACAAGGCUAACAAGAAAAGAAGGAUUAUGAGCAAUAAAAUGGAUAGAAGGGCUCGCUCUUGAGCUCACACAUAUGAAUUAUAGCCAUUGUUUUGGUUUAAUUUAAAGUUCAUUAUAACUAAUUAGUGAUUAUAUGCCAAAAUAUCCAGCCAAUGGGGUAAGAAUAAAAUAUAAGUUUAAUAGCCAAA